AAACACAGAGUGAGAAGCCCAGAGGAAAUGAUGCUGAGAGGAUUUAUAAGUUUCACAGUUGUGUUGUUGCUUCUCACUGAAGGAUCAUCAGUGAAAGUUCAUCCAGGAGGAAACACAACACUCCCUUGUAACAUUAAAGAUGAUGAAGAGAUUACAUGGAUCAUUAUAAAUGGAAACCAAACAUUUGUCAGAAUUCUGAAGCUUGAAUAUCUUAAAGGAACUGAAUCUAAACCAGAGUCCUCUUAUAUUCACCCAAGUUACGCAGGACGGAUAAAAGCUCUCAGUUCUCCCACAAACACUCACUCUCUGCUUCUGAUGAACAUCACUGACACUGAUCUGAUGCUCUACUGCUGCACUGAACGCAAACUUGAACAAACUCACUGCUCUAAACUGGACUACGGUGAGCAGCAGAAUACAGAAGGAACAGAGAAUACAAAAGCUUUUGGUAAUUAUAUCAGUACCACAAUAUGGCUGUCUGUGAUCUGUGUGUUUCUACUUCUAUCACUGAUGUCAAAUGUGUGCAUGUGCUGGAAAAUAAAAAGAGCAAAAAAAGGGAACUUAAGGGGAUCACAGACAUUAUAUAAAAGUAAAAGUAAAGGCGAGCAGCAGAAUGAAGGUGAUGAAAUUUCAUAUGCAUCCGUAAACAUAAACAAGGUGAAAAAACACAGAGAACGAAAUCAUCUCACACAGGACACAGUAUAUGCAAGCAUUAAAUGAAAACACAUGCUUUUCCAGAACCAAGAUUGUCUGCUCUCAUUUUGCACAAAUAAAUAAAAACUGCAUAACAAAAACUGGCUGCUGGCCAGGCAGCUGCGGUUGACUUUACUGCUCAGUAGUGAUGGUAAGGAACGAAGCUUUCAAAGUUUCGAAUCAGUUGAACCAAUUUUCGCAAAAUGAUUCACUGUUUCGAGGCGUUUGAAACACCACACGCUGGUGACCCCUGCUGGUCAAAACAGUGCAAAUGCAACAAAAUCUCAUGCCGAGCAUGCACAAAAACAGCUUUUACAAACCCUUUGCAAAUGUUUUAUUGAAAGUAUAAUCUAUUAGAUGCAAUUAACUAACCAUCUAAUACCUUUAAAUAUUAAGUGUCUGUAUAAUAUUAUUUUUUUAAUCAAUUUUCUGGGCUUAUUUGUUCUAUGGUGGGUCAGCUAAACAGCGACUAUUAGCAACUAUUAUUCCUUUAAAUUAUAUAAAUUUCUCAUUAAAACGUCUACAAAAUGUGUAAAACUCAUCAGAGAUCAGGUAAUAGACACUUUUAGACACUUUUCAGGUAAUAGACAUAGACACUUGUUCAAUGAUUCGCCGCUCGGGGACGAUCUCAGUGAAUUUGCACGAUUCAUGGGUUCUUAAAACUUAAUGGUGUUUAUAUUUUUAUUAAAAAUAAUAAAGUUUGAAGUCACCGUUAUAUAGAGGUAAGCACUUGCUUUAGUUGAGCUCCUGACCCUUGACGUUUUAACUUUAAUUUUUCUCCAACUGAUGUAACUGUGUUUUAAAGCACAUUUGUUACAAAACAAUGGUGAAAAUAGAAAACUGAUCAGGUGAAUUUAGUUGCUUAUUGAUGACGAUUUUAUCAUCACAGUAUCCUUUUUCAGUGAUCUACAAACAUUGUAUUUUUUUUUCAUGUUAUUGUAGCUCUAUAAUACGGCAUAAAGUCCUGUCCUGCUUUGAUAUUUUGAAAGUUUUUGUCAUUAUGCAGAAAUUUUUCAGACAGGAUCAUAUAGACUCACACAGACAUCAAGAUCCUGCAUAUGAUCCUCAACAAUGGUAACAAAUUUUUCAGAUUAACACAGAACAUCACAGAACCAUUGUUGAGGUUUAUACGCUGAUUCAUGUUGUCUGCGUGAGUCUAAAAGAUAAUACUCAAAAUUCUGUCUAAUGAUUUUUACAAUCUGAACGUUUGAUUGUCUAAAAAACACUGGGGCGGUUUUCCGGACAGAGAUUAAGCCUAGUCCUAGAAUGAAAUGGCCCUUUAAGGCCUAUCCUGGCUUAAUUUAAACCCUGUCCAGGAAACCACCCCUGUAUGACAGCUAUGUGAUUUGAACUUCCCCACAUAGAAGGCAACAUUCCCAUGACCUUGCGCACCAUUUCCUAAAAGUUCUGUAAAGUUAACAAAAAUCCCAAACUGAACAUUAGGGACAUUCCUAAAAUGUCCUCUUUUGGUAAUGAAAGUGCUGCAGUUCAAAGUUCCUUAUAUGACUUUAGGAGGACAUUCCAGACUCACAGACAUCAUAGCUUGUAGCUUGUUUUGUGACGCUCAGAGUUAAUCUGUUUAUCUGAAAAUGUUGUCACCAUUGUUGAGGUUCAUAUGCUGAAUCUUGAUGUCGGUGUGAGUACAUGUCUGAAUAAUUUUUGCAAAAUGAAAUAAAAUCUUUCAAAAUAUCAAAGCAGGACAGGAUUUUAUGCAUUACAACAUAAAAGGAGCACAAUAUAGGUAUGAAAGGCCAUGGUAUGAUAAUAAAACCAUCAACAAUAAGCAAUUAAAUCCAUUUGAUUUUGAUAAGAUUUUUUUUCUCUCACUUUUUUUGUAAUAAAUGUGCUUUAUAAAUGCACAGUUACAACAAUUGGAGAAAAACUAACAUUAAAACAUCAAGGGUCAGGAGCCCAACUAAAGCAAGCGAUUCCAUCCGUAACAAUGACAUUUACAAACCCGAUUCCAAAAAA